GAUGUUUUCUUUUGUUCUUAGAACCCCAGAGAACUUUGCUUUUGCCUCUUAGAUGACCCUUAUUUUAAUCACAUUAAGAGUCUUUGUCAGAUGGAGGCACUUCUUGGAGAAGGAAGAGCUUUUGCCUGCUUUAUCUCUGGUGUCUCCAAGCUUUGGCCUGGAGUUUCUCAAUUGCUGGGUACUCAUAAUGAUUUUGCUGAACUGAUGGGCUCCUUGGGAAUCAGUCCCCUUGGGAAGAGACUGUCUGUGGGUAGAUCAGCUUGGGAGCAUACUCUUCAGGGGCCUCACAGGGUAAUGUACUGGAAUACCAAAGUGUGACCUCAUAAAGCAAGGAUUCCCUUUGUGGACCCUUUGCUAGUGGAAUCUAGAUGCUGAGGAAAUUCCUACGCAGAGAUUGUCUGUUGGAUGAUAAAUGCAAGGAAUAAAAAUUGAAAAUUUACAAAAUGUCUGAAGACUUUCAUCUCGAUGAUGACUCGAUGAAUGUAAUUCGCAGUCAGGAAUUUGUGAAGAAACUCAUUGUGAGUCAUCUCUUUAAGAUAAUUAUGAUUAGCACCAUCUCAUUGAAUGCCUUUUUUGUGGUCUUGAACACUGAUUUUCGAACAAGUUAUGCGUUUUUCAACUUUUUUGAGAUCUCAGAGCUCUUAUUUCAGUCCAUCUAUAGUGCAGAGUUCUACCUCAAGCUCUAUGUGGACCCCGUCAAAUUUUGGAAGGAUGGCUACAACCUGCUCGAUGUGCUUAUUAUCAUCAUCCUCAGCCUGCCUUACAUCUUAGUAAAGACAAAAGGCAAGCACUAUCCGUACCUCAACAUCGCUAAUGGCCUACAGUCCCUGCGCAUCCUCAAGCUUAUCGGCUAUAGCCGUGGCAUCCGAACUCUCAUCACUGCCAUGGGGCAGACAGUCUACACUGUGGCUUCCGUGCUCAUCCUGCUCUUUGUCCUGAUGUUCAUCUUUGCUGUCUUGGGCUUCUGCCUAUUCGGAGGUCCAGAUGGGGGCGACCUGGAUAACUGGGGGAACCUGGCUGUGGCCUUCUUUACCCUCUUCAGCUUGACCACGGUGGAUGGCUGGACAAACCUGCAGCAGAAGCUGGAUGACAGGAAUUUCGCUCUGAGUCGGGCGUUCACCAUCAUCUUCAUCUUGCUUGCUUCCUUCAUCUUCCUCAGUAUGUUUGUCGGCGUGAUGAUCAUCUACACUGAGGACUCCAUCAAAAAAUUUGAACGGGAGCUGAUGUUGGAGAGGCACAUGACACUCAUGGAGGAGAAGCAGGUGAUUUUGAGGCGGCAGCAGGAUGAGAUCAGCAAGCUGAUCCAGGCAAAGAAAAAUGGUAACCAAGGAAGUUUCAGUGAUCUGGUAAAGAACUUCAAGAAGACCCUGCGGCAUGAUGACCCCAUGGUCUUGGAUGACUUUGGCACUAGCCUGCCCUUUAUUGACGUCUACUUGUCCACGCUAGACAACCAGGACGCUACGAUCUACAAGCUUCAAGAGCUGUACUAUGAGAUCGUGCAUGUGCUGAGCCAACUUCUUGAAGAACUUCCCCAGAAGGAACAGCCCCAGAGCUCGGAUAACAAUUCUGAGUAGUUGGGAGUGGGUCACUCUGGCACCGGGCACCACAGAGCCUGUGAUAGGCUCCCCAUUAAACAGAGGCUUUCUGAGAAGGCCUCUUCAUGGUGAUUGUGAUCACAGAGUUUCCCAAAUUUUGGGGCUUGGGUCUGGGUAGGUACCGAUGAGGUCUGACUCCCUGGAGCCCACCUGAUCCCCUUCACCCAUAUGAUACAGCCAGACCUUGGCAGUAGGGUAAAGGAGGCUCUCUGUUCUCCCCGGUCAGGGGCCACAUCCAGGGGUCAGACUGGCUCUCUGCUCCCUUGACCUCAGUACCAAUGACCACAGGGCUCAUGAGGACACCCCUUGAGGCCCCCAGACCAAGAAGUACCUGCAGCUACCCCAUAACAGCAUAUGACUCCUUCAAAGUGCCAUGGUCCUACUGGUCUCAGAACCUCCACUCACUCAUCUGUGUGGGUGUCUGCACACCUGGCACACCUCCAUCUCUCUCUGUGGACCCACUGCCAUGGGGCCCCUACCUGGGAUCUAUUCUGCUUGCCCUCAGACUCACAGUGCUUGUGGUGCUGCAGGUGGUGCAGCUGUUACCAGGGAUUCGCUGCUGGGGUGUGGAGCUCAAGGUGGGCCAGCCUAGGGAAGCAGCCUCUGGCAUUGUGGCGCACCUCGUGCAAGGCCCAGAGGAGCGGCAGCAUCAGGUGCUUUGGACUGUCUCCCCCCUUACAGCUGGUUAGUGUUCUUCACCUAACAGGUGUCACUUUCUGUGUCAUUCCUGCCCAACUGACUGCCAGAGUCACCAGGUUCCCGGCACCAUCCUGGUAUGGACAUGAUGGAGCCCUCUGAAGGCCCAGGUAGGACAAGGAGACUGGCACUCCUUGUUCCCAUCUGUUCCUAGUGCUCCCAUUGCACAAAGAGACACCCUGCUGACUGGAAGAACAUUUUUGCACACAACACUAAUGAUAAAGGACUGAUCACAAAACUCUACCAAGAGCUGAUGAGACUCAACAACAUCAAAGUAAAUAACCCAGUCAAAAAAUGGGCAGAAGAACUGAAAAGAAACUUCCCCAAAGAAGAAAUGCAAAUGGUCAACAGGCAGAUGAGGAGGAUUCUUGAGCCUCCCACCUUGGCAGUGGCUCGGGGAUGGGGGGUGCGGCGCCCCGGUGUGGCUGCUUUGAGAGCCAGCACCUGUAGCUGAGUGGGAAGGCCCAGACCCAGACUGGGGAGCCAGGCCAGAGCAAGCAUGAGGGGGCAGAGUUGAGAAUGGAUGGGCAGAGGGUCCCAUGGGUGGGCCCAUAGGCUUCAGGCCUCGGUGAUGGCACUCCUGAGGCCACAGGAGCGGGGAAGGAGG